GGUUGCCUCAGACUUCAACGCUUGUGGGUUUGAAUUCAGUCUCUCUCUAGCUUCACGUUCCUCCAGGUUUCUUCCCAAAGUCCUCAAGCGUGUUAUUAAUGCAAGCUGCCUGUAGUGCAUGAAAUAUCCUGUAAUGGGCUGAUUUCCUGUAUGAGGUCGUGCCCUCGUUCACACCCUUUGUGGGACAGACUCCAAAUCGCAACAAAUGCCACUGGAUUUGUUGCUGUUAAAAUGGCACUACAGGCUCAUUAUCCCACCAACUGCUAACGUGUCGUUAUUACUGCAGACAUAUUGAGUCUUUUAGAAUUGUUUAAUAGUAUUUAUUCAUUGAAUACCAGACCCCCCCCUUUUAAUUGGACAUCUCCAUCUAGCUGAUCUCCAAUGUUGAACAUGAGCAAGCCAAUUAGUAGCUGCAUGCAAUCUAUUGAGCUCAGCAUGCGUGCCUGUCGGCCUCCAAACUCGGCCCGCCGGCUUAAUUGGUCAUCAGUUUAUCUUUCGGCACAGUGCAGCAUUUGAGUGCCUGCAUUUCCUAAUGACAUGUGCAUGCCACGCAGCCUCAUUUCCAGGCAGUGCAUCACUUGCGGGGGAAAAAAACAAUAAGCACAUAUUUGCACAGUUAACAAAACGAAAACCUGCGUAGCGUCAGACUUAUUUUGAGUUUAAACAUCCUUGUUGGCUUUGCAGGUGUCAAAUAAUCUUUCCAAGUGUUGUAUUUUGUUUCUGCUUUUUGUGCGAAUUAUCCGUGUGAGUUUUAAACUUCACUUCAGUCUUCAGCCCCAUUUAUGGUUAAGCUAUUCCUUUGUGCAGUGCUGGCGAGCGACUCGUGAAUUUGUUCAAAUCUGCUUUUAUCCGGAUAGCCUGCUUACAGUCGGCAGUGUUUCCGUUAGCAUUGUGGUCCUGCUGACUUCUGUAGCCAGUAAUGCACUGUGUCCAUUUACAAAGCAAAACCCUGCUGUACUGAAGUAAUUUUUACCCAACAAUGAGAUUACAGGUCUGGACAAAAGCAAAAAGCUGAACCAUGUGACCAGUCUUACCCCUGUACUGCAGGAUGUGCUGUCCGGGUUCUUACAGGAAGAGCUCUGAGUGGACCAACGGCAAUGUAAACCUACAGCAGUUCUACAACCUGUCCAACUUUAGCACCUUCCUACUGGAUCCAAGCACUGCGACUCUCUACCUCGGGGCCCGGGAUACCAUUCUGGCCAUUGACACCAACGACCUCACGAAGAGAGCCAAGCAGAUCGUGUGGGACGUCCCGAAGAGCAAGCAGGAUGCAUGUGUGGCCAAGGGGAAGACGGAGGGUGACUGCCACAACUACAUCAGGCUGCUGGAGUUCUUGAACAGCAGCAGUAUCUACGCCUGUGGCACCUACGCCUACUACCCCCAGUGCGUCACCAUCGAUGUGAAGAGCUUCUCCCUGAAAAGGACACCCAGUGGGGAGGUGGAGAUGGAGACAGGGAAGGGGAAAUGUCCAUUUGAGCCCAGCCAGCACUAUGCAGCAGUCAUGGCAGAUGGAGUCCUGUACACGGCCGCCACCAGCAAUUUCCUGGGCACGCUCUUUGACAUCUCCCGGGCAACGGGCAAUGAAGGGGAGCGUAUCCGCACCGAGCAGUCAAUCAACUGGCUCAACGACCCGGAGUUUGUGAGUUCUGCGUUCAUCAAGGAAGACCCAAACAAUCCUGUAGGGGAGGAUGACAAGAUCUACUUCUUCUUCACAGAGGUCGCUAGGGAGUAUGACCUCUACACCAAGGUCAAAGUCUCCAGAGUAGCUCGUGUCUGCAAGGGAGAUGUUGGGGGCAUGAAGACCCUCCAGAAGCGAUGGACAACCUUCCUAAAGGCCCAGUUGGUGUGUGAGGACCGCAUCAGCGGCCAACGUUACAACAUCCUGACAGACGUCUACACCACAGAUCUCCGGGAGGGAGACCCCAGCAGUACCCAUUUCUACGGCAUCUUCACCUCGCAGUGGGAGAGGGAGCCCUUAUCUGCUGUGUGCGCCUACAGCCUGGAGGAUAUCAAGAAGGUGAUGGCCGGGCCCUUCAAAGAGCUAAAGAAGAACUGCGAGAACUGGAACAACCCAGAGCCCAUUCCCAACCCUAGACCAGGACAGUGCAUCACCAGGGCGCUGAAGGCAGACGGCUUCGAAUCCUCGCUCAAGCUUCCAGACAAGGUGCUGACCUAUGUGCGUGACCACCCCCUGAUGGAGAACAGCGUGAUGGCGGCGCCCCUGCUUGUUAGGCGGGGAGUGACCUACACCAAGAUCGCUGUCAGCCACACCAGUGACAGUCAGGGUGGUGAUGUGGUCCUGCACCUGGGCACGGACCGUGGGCAGCUACACAGGGUGCUGGUGGAAGGACUGAACACCAGCCUCCUGCUGGAGAGCCCCAUAUUCCCCUUUCAGGAGCCUGUUAACAACAUCCUCUUAUACAAGGGCCAGGCCCUGGUCGGGUCGCCCCAAUCCCUGGUGAGUCUCCCAGUAGAUGGCUGUGAGCAGUACAGCAGCUGCGAGACGUGCGCUCGGGUUCGAAGGCUGGGCUGCGUGUGGAGGACCAAGGCAGGAGCACCGGCCUGUGUCAAGGCACUGGGAGAGAUCCCGAUGGGAGCCGAGCCUGAAGACCUGCUGAGGCAGUGCGGCGUCGGAGACGCACGCUGCCGUCCCACAGUGAAGGAUUUUCACGUGAUGACCGGGAUGCACAUCGUCCUGUCCUGUGAGCAGCUCUCACCUCGGUCUUGCUACUGGGUCCACCCAGAUGGCCGCCACACAUGGCAGCGCCACCUGGAGGUGAUGGUCAGUAGCGACAGUGUGGGCAUCUACACCUGCUUCUGCGAGGAAGUCGGCCGAGAGCAGCCUCCCUGCCGCAAAGCUGAGUACCAGCUGGCCAUGGACGCCCCCUGCAUGGGUGUGGUUGAGGCCCUGACAGGCACGCGCCACGUGGUGGCCGGUUACCCCGUGUGCUUCUUUGCUGGGGCCUUCUUGGGCUGUCUGCUUUACAUUAUGUGCGUGGGCCACAGGACCGCCCACAUGCCUGAAAAGAAUGGGCGGGACUUCCUGCAGUCCUCAGACACGCCCCUGUCCCCCAGCAGUGCCAGCCUGCUGUCCGAGGGUGUGCCCCUCACGGAGAAGCGGAACGGGGCGCUCAAUGGACACAGCGUCUACGGCAACAGCGGCGGCCACAAGCUACAGGAAUCGGCGGUCAACCGGGCCGUGGAGGUAGACGGCAAGGAGCCGGACGGGAUGGAGGAGACAGCGGAGCAGCUAGAGGAGGAGAUGUCGUCGGGGAUGGACGAGUUCACAGAUCUCAAGAUCCCCAAGGCUGCCCCAUUGGCUCCAUUUGAGGAGAGCUCCAUUUGACGAGAGCUCCAUUUGACAAGGAGCUGGUUGUGUGGCACGUGGAUUAAUCACAAGGGUCAGCGAAUAGACCCGGGAGUGCCUCUUAACAUGUAGAAUAACACACAGACUUAGCUGUCUGCCCAUCAAGAGGGUACAGAAGGGUGUGGACUCGGUCUGGCGCUAUAGUGGCACUUCUUUUGACCCCCUCAGGCCACCGCCCGUGCAGAGCCAGUGGGGUGGUGCGACAGCUCUCCGCAUCCUGUUCUCUCAUAAGUCCUUCAGGAUGGCUUGAGGCCUGUCACCUCACCUGGGGCACACCAAAGUCACACCGUACGUCACCCCUUGAAGUGUGAUUUUUGCCUCCUAACCACUCCCUGAGGCCCGGGACCAAAGAGGGCGGAGGGCAGGGUGGCUGAGGGACCAAGGGGUGAUGUUAACCACUGAAUCAGGACAUGCGCUGCAAUUAGGAGAUGAAUGUAGCCUUUUUCUCAUCGGGACACAGGUGUGCUCACUCUGGGUUUCUAUUCAGACGGGAUAAACUCUUCAGAUCACUGGCUGAGUUGCCCACUGUUGCCAGGCACUUGAGAAACAUAGGUCUGCUCUGAUGAGCCUCUGGUUCCACGCACUCAAUGGUAACCAGGAGCUCCAUGGCAACAGCAACAGCAGGUCCCCCCGUGGUUUUGGUAAAUGGCAGCGAGGGGACGGUGCCUACAGGACGUCAAAUGGCCGAGGCACCUUCGAAACGAGCCAACGGCCCAGGCGGGUUCACCUGUUCUGCUCACAGCAUGAAUGGGUUUGGCCUGGUCCUAUGGGGAAAGCCCUGCAUAUAAUUACCUUAAAUGUAGACAUUUUUUUUAAACUCCUCUUAAAAGUUAAAUGACUUGAUCUUGAGUGUGGGGAGGAAAACACUAAAAGCACAGCCAUUGCUGGGGGUCUGGAGGUUGUCUCUGGGGUACCCCUCCACCCUGACUCAGAAUUCAGGUCCAAAAUUCUCGCAUAAUAAAAACAGAGGAAGGGAAAAGAGCAGUUCUGCUGAGGAUGGUAACUGGUGUUUCCUUGAUUCCAUGGUGGCAUCAAAAGGCAAGGGAAGCAAAGGGUUGAUGAUCUCCGGACCCCUUCUGGUGAGGUUGGGUUUGGUGUACUAACACUAGUCUGUUUAAAUAAGAAACCAUAUGAAGAGAGAUGCACUUUCCUAUGAACUGUAUUUAUGUGUCUGUCCAAGUCGUAUAGCAGUGAACUCGGUGGGCGACUCUAGUCUCUUGAAUGUGCUGAGCUGGAUGUAGAUGCAUGUCACUGCCAUUAGUUUUGGCUUAUAGGAAUACUAUUGGCCCCCUUGUGUCUAUUUAGGCAGGGUGGGGGUGUCGGUACAGAGCCGCCCUUCUCUCUAUCCAGCACAGUGGUAGCACCGACUGAACGGUACGCAGAUGAAGACCCAGCUGGCCAUUAUUUGAAGCACACGCAGGCUUAGAAGCUAGACACCCGACGGUCCCCUCCCGAUCCAGCCUGAUUUUCCACCAUGCCCUACAAACGUGCACACAUGGUAGGCAUGCAUUAUUUCAUGCAUGCAGGUGCCAUCGUGACGUUCUUUGCAUCUUUGCUUUGGGUGAUGUCAGACAGGGCUUUCUGAUACACUACUGUGCAAUUCUUUUUAUAUUAUCUUUAUUUAUUAUUGCUGACAGAGGUGCGGGAUGUCAGAAUAUCAGGAGCUCGUGGACGACAGGUCUUCAGUAGGAUCUUAUGCGUACUGAGCCUGGACACUGGACAAGAUCCUCUCUGCACCUCAGGACCUGGAACCUUGGUUAUUAUUUUACAGAGGGGACCAUUUUAAAGCAUUCGUUAAAUUAUUCUGAUGUGUACAAAGAAAUGCUUAUUUUUGAAAAUAAAUGCGUCAAAUUUC